GAUUGCAUGAUUUAACCAGAGAACGUUCUACCUGUUGAUUUGUGCAUCGCCAUCCAUUGAGGAAGGUUUGAUACGGAAACUGUGGUGGCAGUUGACGUUCAGCUAAAUGAAUUCUACAGGUCAGGCGACGAGGAAGAUGGGCCCGGCCCCGGGCAAGUGGGAGCUGCUGGGAGUGCUGUGCAGCCUCUGGCUCUGGGGGACCGUGGCCCAGCCAGGCACCCCGGCCCCCACAGGGCAGAGCCCAGGGGUCCCCCAGCUGCAGUUCCGGCUGGCCGGCUACCCCCGCAAGCACAACGAGGGGCGCAUCGAGGUGCUGUACAACGGCGAGUGGGGCACCAUCUGCGACGACGACUUCACGCUGGCCAAUGCCCACGUCCUCUGCCGCCACCUGGGCUUCGUGGCGGCCACCGGCUGGACCCACAGUGCCAAAUACGGCAAAGGAGUUGGCCGCAUCUGGCUGGACAACGUGAACUGCGGGGGCAGCGAGAAGAGCAUCUCCAGCUGCCAGUCGCGGGGCUGGGGCAACAGCGACUGCUCCCACGAGGAGGAUGCCGGCGUGAUCUGCAAGGACGAGCGUCUCCCCGGCUUCAAAGACUCCAACAUAAUUGAGACAGAGCAGAACCAUGUGGAGGAGGUGCGGCUGCGGCCCGCAGUGUCCCACGCCAAUCGGCCACUGCCUGUGAUGGAGGGUAUCGUGGAAGUCCGCCGGAGGAGCGGCUGGGCCCAGAUCUGUGACGAGAACUGGGACAGCCGGAACAGCCGGGUCAUCUGCGGCAUGCUGGGUUUCCCUGCCGAGAAAAGAGUCAACCGCAAUUUCUACAAGCUGUUGACGCAGCACCAGCAGCUGAACUACUGGCUGCACUCGGUGGACUGCCGGGGGCACGAGGCCCACCUCUCCUUGUGCUCCUUCGAGUUCUACAAGGGCAACACGACUGGCGCCUGCCAGGGCGGGAUGCCUGCCGUGGUGAGCUGCAUCCCUGGGCCCCUCUUUGUGCCUGCCAGCAACACGCACAAGAAGAAGAGGCGGCAACAGCAGCAGCAGCAAAGGCCGCAGCGGGUCAGGCUGAAGGGGGGGGCCCGGCCCAGCGAGGGGCGCGUCGAGGUGCUGAAGGACGGCGAGUGGGGCACAGUCUGCGACGACCGCUGGAACCUGGUGACGGCCAGCGUGGUGUGCCGCGAGCUGGGCUUCGGGAGUGCCAAGGAGGCCCUGACGGGGGCGCGCAUGGGCCAAGGCAUGGGCCAGAUCCACCUGAACGAGGUGCAGUGCCUGGGGUUCGAGAAGACCCUGUGGAGCUGCCCACGGAAGAACAUCACCCAGGAGGACUGCAAGCACACGGAGGACGCCGGCGUGCGCUGCAACGUCCCGUACAUGGGAUUCGAAACCACGAUCCGCAUAGUUGGCGGCCGGACCACGUUUGAGGGGCGCGUGGAGGUGAAGCGAGCCGGGAAGUGGGGCACCGUCUGCAGCACAGGCUGGGGCACCACCGAGGCCAUGGUGGCGUGCCGGCAGCUGGGCCUGGGCUACGCCAUGCAUGCCGUGACGGAAACGUGGUACUGGGACGCCAGCAACGUGACGGAGAUGGUGCUGAGCGGGGUGAAGUGCUCGGGGCAGGAGCUGGCGCUCAGCCAGUGCCAGCAGCACCGCGCCGUCAACUGCCAGAAGACGGGGACGCGCUUCGCCGCGGGCGUCAUCUGCUCCGAGACCUCUUCAGACUUGCUGCUGCAUGCGCCGCUGGUGCAGGAGACGGCGUACAUCGAGGACCGCCCUCUGCACAUGCUCUACUGUGCUGCAGAGGAAAACUGCCUGUCCAGCAGCGCCCGCCAUGCCAACUGGCCCUAUGGGCACCGGCGUCUCCUGCGCUUCUCCUCCCAGAUCCACAACACCGGCAGGGCCGACUUCCGCCCCAAGGCCGGGCGCCACUCCUGGGUCUGGCACGAGUGCCAUGGGCACUACCACAGCAUGGACGUCUUCACCCACUAUGACCUUCUGACGCCGAAUGGCACGAAAGUGGCCGAGGGGCACAAGGCCAGCUUCUGCCUGGAGGACACGGAAUGCCAGGAAGACGUGGGCAAGCGCUACGAGUGCGCCAACUUCGGGGAGCAGGGCAUCGCUGUGGGCUGCUGGGACCUCUACCGCCAUGACAUCGAUUGCCAGUGGAUCGACAUCACGGACGUCAAGCCAGGCAACUACAUCCUGCAGGUCGUGAUCAACCCCCGGUACGAGGUGGCCGAGAGCGACUUCACCAACAACGCCAUGAAGUGCAACUGCAAGUACGACGGCCACCGCAUCUGGGUCCACAGCUGCCACAUAGGCGACGCUCUCAGCGAGGAGGCGAGCAAGCGCUUCGAGCAGUACCCUGGCCAGCUCAACAACCAGAUCGUGUAGCCGGCAGCCCCAGCAGCUGCUGGGCACCAGACUGUGCCCCGGGGCACCCGCAGCCGGGAGGCGGAGUGGCCGAGACGCAGGACCAAAGGCCAUGACACCAGGAGCGGCGGAGCAAGGAGGCUGACCGGCCGCGGGCGGAUCACCACCACGCUUGCAGCCCCCCACCACGUCCGGGGCCCGGUCCGGAGGGCAGCCGCAGCCAGGCCUCCCCCUCCCGUCCUGAAGCAGGAUGGCUCUGCGAGCAGGUGGCCAGGGGGGCGGCAGCACAGGGCCCGGGCUGGGGGGCCGGGCUGCUGCCUCCU